ACCACAUAGCCAUGAAAACAACAAUGUCACGUGAUCUGCUAACAGUCUAUAGUAAACAUUAAUUUCACCUCAAACUACAGAAGAGGGAUAGAAUGUAGAGGUUACCUCGCUCUAAUGGUAAACACAAAUGUUGAACUAAGGUAUACAGAUAUAAAGCACAUAUAAUGGCAGACAUGAAUAACAUUGUGAGGUGUCCAUAUACUGAUGUCAAGAUUCCAGAAAAUCAGUCAUUUUAUGAUAGAGUCUUCCAGAGAGUAAGGGAAUUUCCAAGAAAGAUUGCUAUUGUUGAUGGCAUAUCUGGUAGAUCUUACACAUACACAGAACUUAUAAAUGCAGUUGAGUGUGUUGGAAGUGCUUUUAUCAAACUAGGAUUUACAAAAGGAGAUAUACUUUGUCUCUAUGGCCCAAACAGUAUUGAAUGGGCCAUAACAUUUUUUGCAGUUUUAGCUAUUGGAGGGAUUGCCACAUCUGCAAACCCAUUAUAUACUACAUAUGAGAUUCAACAUCAACUGAAAGAUGCAAAUGCAACAUAUAUUGCUACACCUAUUGAACUUGUGUCUAAAGUCAAGCAGGCUGCCAAAAAGUACACUAAACUCAAGAAAAUCAUAGUGUUUGGUAAUGGAGAUAUGUCUGAUUGCAUUUGCUUCAAUGCCCUUUUGAGCGACAAAGGUGAUGCUUUCAAACUGCCCACAAUAAAUGCAAAAGAAGAUAUUGCUGUUCUACCAUACUCAAGUGGCACUACAGGGCUACCCAAGGGUGUAAUGCUCACCCAUUUCAACUUAGUUGCAAACAUACAACAGCUUAGAGGUACUCCCUAUUUUCUACCUACUCUAAUAGGAGACUGUCAUAUUGCAGUUCUACCAUUCUUUCACAUAUACGGUCAAGUUAUUAUCUUGGCUGGGGGAUUAUGUGAGGGUGCCACCAUUGUAACAAUGCCUAGGUUUAAUGCUGAACAAUAUCUGAGUGUUAUACAAAAAUACAAAGCAACCCGACUGUAUGUUGCGCCUCCUGUGAUGUUAUUCUUUGCAAAGGACCCCAUGAUUGAAAAAUAUGACCUCACAAGCGUGAGAGAUAUAUUUUCUGGCUCUGCUCCAUUGAGUAAAGAAUUGCAAAUGGCAGUUGAAUCCAGAUUGAAAUGUACCAUAAUUCAAGGAUAUGGUAUGACAGAACUUUCUCCAGGGUGUCAUUUUUCCCCUAUUAAAGGUUGGAAAUAUGGGUCAGUGGGCAUAUGCCUGCCUAAUACAGAAAGUAAAGUUAUAGACAUAGACACAGGUAUUGCACUAGGUCCUCAUAUUGAUGGUGAGGUGUGUGUAAGAGGACCACAAGUUAUGAAGGGAUAUCUG